UCAGUUUCUUGAACUUAUCUUCAUUUCAUCUCUAUUGCUUCUGUCUCUGUUUCUCUUUCUCCAGCUUUCUUCCAAUCUUUUUUUUUCAGAUCUAAGUAUACUAAAUAUCAAGACUCUUGAAAAUGGUUGAUGCCGCUGUGUCGUUUGCAAUUGAGAAACUGGGCGAUUUCCUCAUACAAGAAGUUGGCCUGAGUUUAAGUCUGACAGAGGAUGUGGAGUGGCUGCAAUGUGAGCUGCGGUUCAUGCAAUCUUUCCUCAUAGAUGCACAGCAAAAGCAAGUUGGGGAUCAUACAGUUCAACGACGGGUGUUUGAGAUCAACUCUGUUGCUAAUGAUGUUCUCGCUAUACUAGAGACUUACAGUGGACUUGCUAGUCGUCUGAAGGCUGGUAAAGGCGAUGAUGAUGAAUUUGCUAGUGGUCCGAAGGCUGGUGAAGGUGAUGGCAGUGGACUUGCUAGUCGUCUGAAGGCUUGCGCUUGCAUCUGCAGGAAGGAGACCAAAUUCUAUAACGUUAGCAAGGAGAUCCAAUCCCUCAAGCAGCGAAUCAUGGAUCUCUCUCACAAACAAGAGAUUUAUGGUAUUAGAAAUAUCAAUAAUGUAGGAGGAGGACCAAGUAAUUAUAGGCCAAACAAUCAGAGAUCUGGCUUGUGGCAUGGAAACAGCCUCUUUGCAGAAAAGCAAGUGCAGGAUACGUAUAGUAUGCCCAGUCUCCCCAAUCCCUGCACUAGUUGGGAGUACUUUGUGCACUGUAUAAGCCCUUUAUUCAUUUCCAUAAAACCAACAAACUUAGAUGGAUUGCAUUUCAGAAACAAAUACAAUUGA